CUCUGGUCUCACCUGAGACCCGACUGCCGGUUCUCGCUCUCCCAGGACGCACGGGCGGCCCUGGGCCCCUUCGACCCCUCCCGGCUGCUGCCCGCCUGCCGGGACUACUGGACCUACGCGGGCUCCCUCACCACGCCGCCGCUGGCCGAGUCGGUCACCUGGAUCCUCCAGAGGCAGCCCAUCGAGGUGGCUCCCAGCCAGCUCUCGGCGCUGCGCUCGCUCCUGUGCUCCGCCGCCGGCGAGGAGGAGACGGUGAUGGCGGACAACUACCGCCCGCUGCAGCCCCUGCUCGGCCGCACGGUCCGAGCGUCCUUCCCGGCCACCAGAGAGGGUCCACGUGGGUAGGCGGGACUGGCUUUGAGAAGAGGGAAUCACAAUGUGAUUGAUCGUAUUCGACUUUCGAAAUUAAAAAGAGAGAGGUCGUUGUUGCA